AUGAAAUCCGUGAGUGUCACCUCAUCACUGUCAACCUUAAGCGGCACGUCCUCGUCGUACUCGUCGAACGACACUCGUCUAAGAGAAAAACCGCUACCCCCGUUACCUUCAAAGAGUGCGCUGAUUGAUUACGACGCAAGCGAAGAUACACCGGAUAGCGGUAUGGGCGGCGAUUCGGAUAGUAGCGAGCAGACAACCAAAGAUUCAACUUUUGAGCGACGAAAUUACAACGGAACAUUUCUGAAUGGCGAUGGCCUAAAAGCUGAUGACCAAAACAAAAAAGUUCAGUUAGAAGAUGCAUUCGAACGGAAAGAUAUCUGGAAUUGGACAGCUGAAAAUGUGGCCGCUUGGUUGGAUUCGUUGAAUUUGACCGAAUAUCGUAGGGGAUUUCUGGACUCUGGUGUGACCGGAAAGCAACUUUUGGAUUUUGAUCGAAGCGAUUUCACUCGACUUGGUGUGACACGUAUAGCGCAUCGACAACUGAUUGAGCGGUCUAUUAAAGCGUUGGUUGAGGCAGCAAAUAAUUUUUGA